AUGGUUUCCACCGAAACUCCGUGGUGGCUGGGCGCCCCGACCAAACUAAUCAAGAAAACUACUUUGGUGCCUGCCGCGCCCAACCAUUUGCCAGUUCAUACACUUACCUUUGCAAUACCCAAGGACGAUUCCGCCUUCAGUGGUAGAGCCAAACCCCACUCAGAAGUUGCCAUUGAAUUGGGAGAUGUUGUCAAAAUGGUCAUCCCAGGCUACAAGCCCAAAUCCUACUCAAUGAGCGCUAUACGUGAUGGUGAAUUUGACAUUACCUUCAAGGUGUAUCCCAACGGUCGUGCCAGUGGAUUCCUCGAUCGCUUGAAUGUUGGGGAUGAAAUGGGCACUUUUGGAAUGACAGCAGGACGCCAUCGAAAUCCUGGCUCGUUUGUUGGAUGCAUUGCCUUCGGAGUGGGUAUCACAGAAUGCUUGCCUGUUGCCCAAGCCGAGCUGGAGAAGGGGGAUGCGGAGAAGGUGGUGCUCCUUUGGGCAUCUCGAACCAUGGCAGAUACAUUUUGGCAUGACAAGAUUGAGGACCUCAAGAAGAAGUACCCUGAUAGGUUCCAAAUGGCUCACAUUCUCUCUCGUGAAGAGCGCCAAGGUUGCUUGAAAGGGCGCAUCAACCCUGAACUCCUGGACCAAGUCUUCCAGCCAGAAGACCGCAGCCAAGCCAGAUUUCUUUCGGUCGGGACCAAAGAAAUGAUGCGCAUGACUGACAAAAUGCUGGAAGAGAUUGACUAUCCCAUGCCUCAGCAUGCCUUGUUGCCCAAGUCGCAAAAACAUCGCUAG